AUGCGAGAAUCUAAGGCGCUCAAGCUCGCUUUCAAGGCGGCCGCAGUGGAGCAGCCCGCCAGCGCUGACACCCUCGUGCCCAAGGGGGCUGUGCCGUCCAAGAAGAAGCAGCUGUUCACUCAAGACAAGGCGGAGACCAAUAAAGUACCAGUCGACGAAGAUGGAUCCUCUGGCGCCACCUUCACCAUAGGCGCCAAUCUCAAACCUGAACAGGAAGAGGCCCUGGUGAAAUUUUUGCACGCAAACAAGGAGGUGUUUGCAUGGGAAUCUGAUCAGCUAGCGGGGCAACACCAGAAAAUCUGCCUCCACCCACUCCCUCCACCUCCUUCCUCCAGCCAGGGCAGCGCCCACACCCCACCCCGCCCCACCUCCCUCCCCCCGCGGCACCGCCCCACCUCGCUCCACCGCGCCGCACCACCACUAUCCUCCCAGUGGCGCCGCCCCACCUCCCUCCACCGCGCCGCACCACCACCACCCUCCCUCGUGCCGUCGCUCCACCUCCCACCAUCGUGCCGCACCACCGCCCCUCCCCCGUGUCGUUGCCCCACCUCCCACCACCACGCCGUCGCCUCACCUCCUACCACCGUGCCGCACCACCACCUCCCCUCUUGCAUCGUCGCACCACUUCCCACCACCGCGCCGCACCCCCCCCCCCGCGCCACCACCCCACCUCCCACCACCACGCCGCACCAGGAGCUACCUCCCCCGCGCCGCCCGCCCCGGCCACCGCGACGGAUCCGAGCAGCCCCCGCCAUCCCGCGCCCAACCGAUGAUGGAUCCGAGCUCCUCCUCUACAUGCCUCCUCCCAACCCCAUGCUGUUCAUCUCGAUGUAUCCCCCAGAUCCGGUGAGUCCUCGCCCAUUUAGGUGGUUGGGCUCCUGGUGGGGAUGGGCCAGAUCGAGCACGGCCAUCAAUGGCGACCCCUUCCGGCCUGGAUACAUGGCUAGCGGCAGUGGCUGGGCGAGCUUCUCCUCCUUCCUCUACUGGUCAAGAUCCAUGGAACUCGUUUGAUUGAAGUACGCGGUGAAGCAUGGUGAUGUUUAGAGAAUGCAAUGCGUUCUUCUGUCCGAUUGAGAAUGGUCAAUUGAGAAUGCUGAACUCCAAACAAAAAAAAGAAAGAAGGAAAUGAAGUGCAAAGAUGUGUUAAAUGAAAAAUGGAGAGAAACGACAAAAAAAGUAAUGAUGUUCACUUGACCAUUUGAUGCAGUGUGGUUUUCUAACUGAAGCAGUGCGGUGGGGUGUGAUGUUGUUCAUCUUAUAAGUGACCAUUUGAUGCAGUGCGGUUUUAUAACUGAAGCAGUGCGGUCGGGUGUCUGAUAUUGUUCAUCUUGUAAGUGCAAAGAAAAAAUGUUACCGAAACGACAAAUAAAGUAGUGCGGUUUACUUC